UGUAUGCAUGUGUAUGUGUAUGUAGUAUAAAGAAAAAUCAAAAACAAUACAAAAUCGGUCUACAUUAUUACGGAACGCGAAUCGAAUGUAUGCAAAAUCUAUGCACAUAUAACAUCAAACGCGCAAAAUUGUUUAUACCCUCGCUAUUGAUGUACAAAUUAUAACAAAACUGCAACAUUUGCUGCUGCUGUGCUGCAAAAAAAACCGAAACGAAAAACCGAAAAAGAAAAAGGAGAAAAAAAAUACUGCUCAAUGAAAACAUUUAAAACAAUGUCAAUAAAAUACAUGUACAUAUGUAUAUGUGUAUGUGCGUGUGUGUAUAUGUAAAUAUAAUUAUGUGAUAUUUGUUUUGUUUGAGUAUUUAAUGUGUAAUGUAAAUUCGAUGAAUAUGUGUGUGCUUUGAUUUGAAGUGUUUGCAUUAUGAAUGAGGCUGAAGAAUAGUGGAAGGAAUAAAUAGUGUGCGUGUGUGUGUGCGGUAGAAAGGGGAGAAAGAGGAGAGAAUCCUAGUUACUAUUUCAUUUACACAUUCACAGUGUAUGUACAUACAUAUAUACGUACGUAUGUACAUAUGUAGAUGUAUGUGUAUUUAAUUAUUGCAAUUUGCCGGACUUGACAAUUGUUGAAAAAUACUGCAUCGUGUAAUUAAUAUAAUUAAUUAACAUCAUCGAUUAUUCCACAAUGAAAUCAUGAACAAAAUGCAAUAAUAAUAUUUGCAGCUUGAGAAGAAGUAUUACAUCGAUUUUUGCAUUUCUAUCUCUUCAAAAGGAACAACAAGAAGAAGAGCAAGAACAUCAACAGCAACAACAACAACAACAACAACAACAACAACUGUCUGGCCUAAUAUCAAAGACGACGAAUUCAAUUUGCUAUAAAGAAGGCAGAGCACACUUUUGCCCAUCGCCAGCAGUUUCUUCAGCUUCGCCAGCUUCUGCUUCAGCUUCACAUUAUCCAAUGGCUGCUCACGUGGAUUUCGAUUUCGAAUUCGAAUUCGAUUGCAGUGUGAAAGCUUGCAUGCUGUAGACGGGGGACACAGGACAAACAGACAGACAAAGCAUUAGCCUUUUACAUGCCCCCAUUGACAUGGACACCAGCAACACACAGUUAAGUGCAGCAACAACGCCCGAGUUAAAGUCGUCGUCAUCAUCGUCGUCGUCGUCGUUUGCUAACUGCAGCCUGCUAGCGGAGACAACAACCACAGCAGGAGCAACUACAGCAACAUCAGCAGCAGUCGCCGCAUCAGAAGCCGCAUCAAUCUUGCAACAGCAACAUGAAUCGACAACACACAAGCGUGCAACGUCGCAAGGAUUUAAUGCAAGUGCAAGUGCAACUGGAACGCAGACAGCAACGACGAUAGCAACGAAUACAACGGCUGCCACGGCCUUGAACCUGCCACCGCCUACAUCAACGUCAAUGCCAAGUGAUGCCGCUCUAUUGACUUGUCCGCCGCCAUUUACAACAGCAACAACUGCAACAUCAGCAGACUUACAAGCAACUGGAAUAACAGCAGCAUCAGCAACAGAAGCAAUCAAUUGCACAUCAAGUGCGUCUGCAACACUUUGUGCUAGCGAUUUUGACUCGGACACCGAGCUAUCAAUUGUUGCAGCAGCCGCCUCACAAGCGGCAACAGCAGCAGCAGCCGCAGCUGGCACACUUGCUGAUCACCCAACAACGCCGCCACCGCAUCAAGUUGCAGGCGCAACGGGAACGGGGACAGCAGCAUUGACGGCGACAACAUCGUCGUCGUCGUCGAAUGCAAUUGGAACAGCAUCAAUCAAUGGCCACAGCAGCAAUGCUGCAGCUGGAGGAGCAACGCAUCCAAGUCUAAACACCAAACAACAGCGACAACAGAAGCGACGUCGCGAGCGUGCGCAGCGCCUGCAGGCAGAGCGCGAUUCAAGUCGCAGUAGCAGCGGCGGCAGCAACAACAUCAACAACAAUUCAGCAAGUGUUUUAAGCGCCGCCAAUUUGAUUGCAGGCGCAACUGUUGUCAGUCUGGGCAUGGUGACCACAACAACGACAACAACCAGCGGCAAUAACAACAGCAACAAUAAUAAUAAUGCUGGCCUCGCGCCCGCCAUGCUCUUGGCCAACAACAAUAACAACAGCCACAACAACAAUCACAACCACAACAAUAAUGUUUUGGGACCCGGCAACAAUGCCAUGCUAUAUCAUUUGAACAGUGCCGGUAGCAUGGGCGAAGAUAGCAACAAUUCGAAUGGUAACUUCACCAGCAGCAGCAAUGGCAGCAACAAUCUGUUGCCGCCCACAGACAGCAUUGCAUCGCUACUCCUGAAUCCACCGCAUUCGCCCGAAUGCAACUCUGGCCUUAUGGCCUCGCCCAGCGACAGCGAAGGUGAAUCUCUCGAUGAGGAUCUGCUGUCGACGUCAUCGUCGUCCACGCUGUUGCUGCCGCGCGAUAAGCCUCCGCCAAGACCGCCACCUCCGGUGCGUCGCAAGUUGCCGCGUUCGCCGGUGCUGGAGGAGGAGAUUAUUGAUGGAUUUGCCAUAUUAGAGUUCAAAACGUAUGAAGAUCUUGAGUUCGCAAUCAAAUUGGGCCAAAAACGCAAAGAGAAACGUCUGUCGGCUCUGGAAGAGCUGACGUGCACGUAUAGCAUCGAGGAAAUGAAAAUGCCAAAGAUCAUCGAUACAGGACAACCUCACCCGCUUCGCACCAGCAAUAACCUGUCCAAUAACUUGAAGGAAAUUAACCAUCAUCAUCAUCCACGGGCCGUCAACAUUGGCAGUGCAAUUGUAGUUACUACUACUAACAGCAGCAGCACCACAACUAAUAUUAAUAUUAAUAAUAAUAAUAACAACAACAGUAGUACUGCAUAUACUGCGGUUCCGCUGGCGCCCGAGUCUGAAGCUGAGGUAUCCUGGACUGGAGAUCAUCAAUCGUAUCGUCAUCAGCAAGAGCAACAGCAGCAGCAGCAACAGUCGCAGCAGCUAACUGGCAGUGCCAGAAAUAAUAAUAAAAGCAGUAAUCUAAGCAUUAGUCAUAAUACCAAUGCUAAUCAAAAUGAAAUUAGUAAUAACCAGCACAUGGGCCAAUCCAAGCAAACGGAGUCGCCGUCUGUCAACUCUGUGAACAACUGCUGUAAUGCAUCGAUCUCCGAGGCAACCCUAUUGGAAAAUGGCAAUGACAAACCGAUGGCAGAUCGGGAUAUCACAUUACCAUCGUCGAUGUCCGUUGGUUUCGUUGUGCCAGACAAGGAGCUGAGUAGUGGAAAUGCCGCAAUCAAUUCUCAAAAUUCCAACAGCAAUGUUAAUCAUCCAACAACAGAAUAUCUUAGCAGAAAAGGCACGAAAUCAACAGAUUCUUCGACAGCAGUUAAAAGUCAACUGAGUGCCAUGCUCUCAUCGUCAUCGUCAUCAUGCCCAAAAAUCAAAAAGCUUAACAACUUUGAAAGCAACGAAGGCGAUGUGGUUGCAUCAGCAGCAGCAGCAACAGUUGAGGCCGCCGGACUGACGCUGCAACUUCAAGACUUUGCGAAUGGCUCAACGCAAGUCGUUGAGACCACAAGCAUUCUACUUAAGAAAGAACACGAUGUGAACGAAGCAUUUACUGAUGUUUCAGAGCAUUGCAAUAGCAACAACAAAGAAACUAAUAUCUGUGAUACAACUCAAGGCGAAAGUACGAGUUCGGAAAACUUGAUUGCUUUCGUUUUUCCUUCAACACCAUCCCAUGUUGCGAGUAUUUCACCCAGGCAAGCCACCACGUGCAAGUCAUCAGAAUAUCUUCUACAACCGCAAACGAUUCCAACUGAAUCUGCGACCGGUGACAGCGAUCUAUCGAAGACAUCUGCAGCCGCUUUAUCAACGUCAGAAAUAAGUCCGGCGUCGAAUUCAACUAUAACGUGCACAGAAGCACUUGGGUCCCAUACAAUUAUUAAGAAGAAUGGUGGCAGCAGUGGAAACAACUCGUCUUCGGAUAGCAGUUUACAACAGAAAAGCGUCAGUGCAACAAAUGCUGCAGCUAUGUCGACGAGCUCAAUGUCAGAUACCGGUGAUAGUUUACACUUGCAGUCAAGUUCAGAUAAUCUAUUGGAUGUCAAAAUGGUCCAUCAGUCUACGGCGGCUUCCAUUUCACAAGUGUCCAACGCUAGCGUCUCAUCAGUUGGUUGCGAUUCGCACAUAACAUCGGCCUCAUCUGGACAAGGUAGACUUGGUCAGUCGUCGUCAGCAAAUGCUCAAGAAAUGAUGCUAAGCUCCAAGAUGGUAACAUCGUUAGGCAUCGAAGCUGUUGUGCCGCCACGACCCACAAUUCCCCAACUGUUGACUGCGAGCAAUCCUCUGACACCAGUUUCUGUGGCACAACUGCAGGGCAGUACGUUUGGAGAGCGAACGUCGUCUAGCAUGAAAUCAAAUGAUAAAUCAAUGAUUUUGAGUGCAGAUGGGAAUAAUACGACGCCAGUUCCCAUCGAUUUGCAGAAGAAUCCAUCUGCUAUAAUGCCAGUGUCGAUGCCAACGAAUCCAGUCGCCAAUGGAUUCCUCGCGGGCUAUUGUGCGCCAGUCAGUUGCAGUGCACCAUCAGCGGUUUUAUCACUAUCAGGAAGCAAGGGGCUUUCAGUACCAAUGACCUCGUUGCCACAGAAUACAGCCAGCAGUAGCAAUUCGAUUGCGACAGCAGCAGCUGUAGUUGCCGCCUCUGCUGGUAUCACCAAGUCGCCAUUUAAUACGGGAAUGGGUCCCGUUGUUGGAUCUGCAGUUGGCUCGUCAUUGGUUUUUCAUGGUGGACCACCACCACCAAUGCCCCAUUUAGGAGGUGCUGGUGGACAUCCAAUGCUAAUUCAAUCGACGCCAUAUCGUACACCUUAUGCGAACUAUUCGUUGUAUGCACCGUAUAAUAGUGUAGCACACGGCCAUGGACAAUAUCUGCCGUCGGUGCUACCAAUAGUGGCUCCAAACACAUCAUCAGCAUCUUCACCCCACCGCAACAGCAGCAGUCGAGAACCGCAACCUCCGCCGCCGCCAUCAGGAACGGGAGCGGGAGCGACAUCACUGAAAGCACCAGUAACAAGUACAACGACAUCACAGCAUCAGCAGCCGCCACAGCAGCCGCAGCAGCAACAGCUGAACGUCAGUGGGAUUUCAGUAUUGCGACCUGUUACACCACUUGGUGGCUAUGUGAUUAGCAGUAGUGGGGCAACAACAACAACAGCAGCAACCACAACUGCAUCAGUACCUUUGGUAAACUCGACUCAUCCUCCUCAUCCACACCCACACAAUUUAUCGGUAUACGCGGCAGGAGGUGUCUUUGGUGUAUCAUCAACAACGGGGCCAGCAAUCACAACAACAGCAACACAACUGUCAGCACCCGUCGUAACGUCCGUUGACGUUACACAGCAACCGCAAUUACUUCCAUCUGCACCACCUGCAUCGCAAAUGCUCUCACAAUCCGGUUAUCCUUCUGCCCAUCAUCUGACGCCACAAUUGCUGACAUCAUAUUCACAGUUUGCACCACCAGCAGCGCCACCAACACAACAACAUCAGUCGCCAUCGGUGCGCUGUAGUACCACUUCAGCAAUGAGCACUGGCAACAACAACAAUAGCAAUUCUGUUGUCACUGUACAAAAUGUAAUGACAACGAUGUCCUCAACAUCGUCAAUAAAUACGCCAAUAGCAGCGUCAUCAUCUUCAUCUGUGAUCCAAAAAACUCUUUCACCCAAAAGCGACAGUCCUAGCCGAGAUCGGGACGUCAAUUACAGCAUUUCAAGCGUUCGCCCAAACAAUACCGUAUCGAUGGCUGGCGCACCUCAAGGCAUCACGUUAGGCCCGCAGUUCUGUGGCCUAAUGCCAUCGACACCUAUUAGUGGUGGCGCCUCCGUAUCAUCGACGACUGCGUUAUCAACUGCCACAACUCAUUCGGUUUUAGCAGUUACCGGUCCCAAUAUAGCCAAUUUUUCUCCAAAGACAGGGCUGUGGCUCAACUCUCCAGCUAUGCAUCCUUCAGUAAUUCCUCCUCCAUGUGCAUCAUCAGUGCCAAUUGUGUCGAGUGGCAACGUUCGACCAUCACCUUCCCCACUGAGCUCAGGAGCCGUAGUUGGAGCACCAACGAGAGUUAUUGGAAAUGCAUUUUCACCACACGCCUCAACUCAUUCCAGCACUGUCGGCAGUGGAAAUCCCUCAGCACCAGGAAAUUUUCAGUCAACAUUCUUCGCAACACCAUUGGCACCGCCGCUUUCAUCUUCAAUUACACCCACAUCUAUACCUAUGGCUAUUAGCAGUAGUUCCGUGACGAUGUUGCCCAUGGUGUCUCACACUUCGGCAGUCAUCGCAACGAUAACAACAGCGACAACGACAACAUCGUCGGUUACCACUGUGGGCACUGUGCAGUCCACAGUUCCGACCGUGUCGAGUGCAGUCACACCGACAGCUCAUCCCUUUUCGGCCGAAUCUCUCUUUCAACCAAGCAAAAAUGACCAAGCAGACUUAUUGCGUCGCGAACUCGAUAGUCGUUUUUUGGAUCGUUCUGGCUUGACCCAACCGCCACCACCGCCAACAUCUUCGUCAACAUAUUUACGACAAGAGCUGCACCAUCAUCAACACCAGCAUACGCAUCUGCAUCAACAUCCACCACAUCCACAGAUGCUGCCAACAGCAGCCUCUAUGUCGGCCGCUGCUAAUACUAUUUUGCCACAAACACCGCCAACGUCAGCGCAAAUAUUUCCACCACCACUAUUUAAAGACAUUCCGAAAAUUCCCGCUGUCGAUCCACAAUUUUAUCGUGCUGGCAUCGGACUGCCUCCUGGGUAUACCGGUUAUAGUCCAGCAGGGCUGCUGCAUUCUGGAUUGGGUGGACCUACUCCGUUCAUGCCGCCAAACCAUUUGACCUCAUUUGCUCCCAAGAAAACUGGACGUUGGAAUGCUAUGCAUGUCCGAAUUGCGUGGGAAAUUUACGCUCACCAAAACAAGCAAAGUUCGGAGAAAUUAGUGUGUUCCGCUUCCAUGGUUGGCCCAAGUCAUAGUAGCUGCAGUAGCAGCAUCAGCGUCAACUCUGGUUCAUCUGGUGCACCUGGCAAUGCAAGCAAUAUGGUGGGCAGUGGAGGAUCAGUCAGUGGCAGUGGCUCCGCUAGCAACAUUGUCACAUCUGUUGCGAAUGGAAACGUGAUGGCAGCAGGCGGUCCAUCGCCAGCAGCACUUGGCAUGAAAUCAUCUCCGGCAUUGGCUUUAAGUACAGCGUCACCGCAUUUACUGCAUCGAUCUGGUGAAUUGCCUGCAGCUGCAACAUACGCCAGAUCGCCAUUUGAGGCUUCGCCUCUAGCUGCAAGUUUUAUUGGAGCACCACCUAGUCAUAUUGGUACAGCAGUUUCCCCUUUUGGACGGUACGUUGGAUCGUUUGGUUUUGGAGGUCUGACACAUUUUGGACGCGACAUUUCUGUCGGUGGGCAUUUAGACGCAUGGAGAACAAGUUCUGUGCCACGCUCUGUAGCGUAUCAUCCUACAGUUACAUCUGGACCAAGUGGUUGGCCAAUUAAAACAGAUCCUGCUCUGGAGAAUGCACGUCGCGAGGCCGAAGAACGAGAACGGGAACGCGAGAUAAGAGAACGGGAGCAGAGAGAACGUGAGCGUCAGCGACGAGAACGUGAGGAACGCGAACGGAAAGAGAAGGAAGAGAAAUUGAAGCGUGAGCAGCAGGAGCGUGAAAGAGAGCGAGAACGUGAACGGGAGCGCAAAGAGCGCGAGCGACGUGAUAUCGAGCGCCGUGAAAUGGAACGUGAACGGUUAAUGCAGCAACAACGAAUCAACGAAAGCAACAAACAGGCAUCAGCUGCAGCAGUGUCGUCAGCAACAGCGCGGGAUCGUUCACCUCAUCGCAGCAUCGGCAGCAUUGUUGGUGAGCACAAUACGGAGAUCCGCAUUAGGGAGGAACAUCCGCGUAGCACCAAAGAGGAACAGGAUGUGAUGCUUAUGCGUGCAUCGGCUGCGGCUGCUGCUGGUGUUGCCGUAGGCGAUCCGCGCUAUCACCCAUCAUCGUUGGCAGCGGCACAGGCGGCGAAUGCUGCGAUAGCAACAGCACACCAUCAUGCCAAUUUCAUGGUUUCGACAGGUCGGCAUGGGCCACCGCAUGGAUUACCACCGUCAUCAGCGUCUCAUUUGUCGCGCAACAUGAUGCCACCCACAUUGGGUGUAGGCGGACCUCUCGCUCAUUUUGCCCCACCUGUACCACCGCCAUGGGGCAUUGAUGCAUACCGCGAUCCCUAUGGUCCAAUCUUGCGUUAUAACCCCAUCAUGGAGGCAGCGUUUCGUCAUGAAGCCGAAGCAGAACGGCAAAAAGUCUUAAGUAUCUAUGCAGCACAAUCUGCGGCUCACUUGCGGGGUAAAGAACCAAGUCCCAUACCUCCGCCAUCGAUGGGCCCAUUGGGUCCACCUCCAACGCAUCUGCGUAUGCAGCCACCGCCACCAAGUGUUGGUCUAAUGACAUCAUCAACUGCGCCACAGCCGCCUUCGCAACAAUGUCAGCAACCGCAAUUGUCGACAAUGGGAAUGGGGAAGGCGGGACCAGGAGGGGCGCCCGGUCCGCCAACGAUGAAUAUGGCUGUACAGCAUAUGAUAUCAGUUGAUCCUUUGAAAAAGGAACCUGAUCAUACCAUUGGUAUCGUAGUGAGUUCACCUGGGACAGGUAUUAGUCAUGGUGCUGUACCAACAAGCGUCAUAGGCAUACCAUCGGCUGCUUCUCCAGCAACGCCAAGUCGAUGAUAACCUAUUACAAAUAUGAAACUGAUACCUAUAGAAAAAUAAAGAAGUUUUGUCAAAUUUCAAGCACUUCCAUUUUUGUCAAUAUUUGAAUUUGUAUUCUGCUCUUUGUCCCUACCUCCACUCAACAACAACAACAACACAUCUGAGCCUGACAAACAAACAAACAAAAAAAAAAAAACACCAAGAUAGUAAGCGCAACGCUUUUGUAAUAUAAAAAGAAUGAACGAUAAAAAUAUAUAUUUUAAUUUAAUUUUAAAGUUGCAAGAUGACAUAUGAUAUAAACAGAACAUAUUUUACCUACUGAUCAAAAAAACUAAAAAUAAAAGGAAUCCACGGUCAUCAAAAAAAAAGAUCCACUUGUUCUAAGAUUAUAUUUAUGCGAGCCAUAAACUUUCGCAACAAGUUGCUUCCCACUUACGUCUACCCGCAGCGACAGGCACAUACUCGUAUACAUACAACUAUAUAUUAUAUGUAUUUAUAUAUAUACAUAUAUGUAUAGUACUCCUAUGUAUAUGUAUAUAUAUACAUAUAUGUAUCUAGUACUCUUAUGUAUAUGCAUAUAUAUAUAUAUUAUAUAUAAAAUAAGACUUUAAAUUUAUAUAAAAACAAACACCGAAUACCUAUUAGUUUAAUUAGAUAUUUAGAUUUGCAUAUAAAUAAUAGAGCAUUUGUAUUAUUUGUAUAAUUCGUGGACAUAAUUAUACUCAAAUGUACAUAUAUAUAGCAUAUAACAUAUAGGCAUACAUAUUAUAUAUACACGCAUGCAUACGUAACAAGAUACAAUUUGAUAAUAAUUAAAACAAAAAACCAAAAAAAGCAAAAAACACAAAAAAACAAAAAACAAUUGUUGUAUGGUACAUUUAGCAACUUGUGGAAUCAUACAAUACCAUUCCAAUCGUGCAUUAUAUGUUUCCAUAAGUAAUUUCAUGUAUGCCGGUAAUGUAUAUAAAUAAAUUUAAAGAUAUUGAUAAUAGAAACAUUGCUAAUAAUUCAACAAAA